AUGACACUUAAAACAGCCAAUCAGAUUUUGGACUUUUUGAAACAAGAGUAUGAAGGAAAUGAAAAGGCUAAAGGCAUGCAGGUGCUGAAUUUUAUCCGAGAAUUUGAGAUGCAGAGAAUGAAGGAAUCAGAAACGAUUAAGGAAUACUCUUAUAGGCUUCUUGGCAUAGUCAAUAAUGUAAGGCUCCUAGGUACUGAAUUUUCAGACGCUAGAAUUGUUCAAAAAAUUCUAGUCACAAUACCUGAAAAGUUUGAAGCCACAAUUGCAUCUCUGGAGAAUUCAAGGAAUUUGUCAAGCAUUACAUUGACUGAAUUGUUGAAUGCACUACAAGCACAAGAACAAAGGAGGCUUAUGAGGCAAGAAGGGUUUGUUGAGGGUGUUUUUCAGGCCAGAUAA